CCCCAUCGUCCAUUCUUCCCUGCCGCCGCCUCCUCCCUUCUUCAGCCGAAGCGCCCGCACGCCUCGACCCAAGGGAUCUCAAUGGCGCCGACCUGCAAGAUGGCGCUGGGCAUCAAGCGCGCGUCGCGGUCGCACACCUACCACCGCCGCGGGCUGUGGGCCAUCAAGGCCAAGCACGGCGGAGCCUUCCCCAAGGCCGAGAAGCCAGCCGCCGUCGCCGAGCCCAAGUUCUACCCCGCCGACGACGUCAAGCCCCGCACCGCCAGCACCCGCAAGCCUAAGCCCACCAAGCUCAGGUCGACCAUCACGCCCGGUACGGUGCUGAUCCUGCUCGCUGGGAGGUACAUGGGGAAGCGCGUGGUGUUCCUCAAGCAGCUCAAGUCUGGCCUGCUCCUCAUCUCUGGGCCUUUCAAGAUCAAUGGUGUGCCAGUUCGCCGGGUGAACCAGGCUUAUGUCAUUGCCACAUCCACAAAGGUUGACAUCUCUGGUGUUAAGGUGGAGAAGUUUGAUGACAAGUACUUCGCCAGGGACAAGAAGACCAGGGCAAAGAAGACUGAAGGGGAGCUGUUUGAGACUGAGAAGGAGACCACCAAGAAUCUGCCAGAAUUUAAAAAAGAUGAUCAGAAGGCCAUCGAUGCUGAGUUGAUCAAAGCUAUUGAGGCUGUCCCUGACCUUAAGAACUAUCUUGGUGCUCGGUUCUCUCUCAGGGAUGGUGACAAGCCCCAUGAGAUGACCUUCUAAGUUGCUACAAGUUCCUGAGUUUUGGAUGUGUUUUGCCUAGAUUGUUGCUGAAAUUUGUACCCUGUUAGUUGACUUCCUAUGUCAGUUGAAGUGACCGUAAGAUAUUAUGAGAAGAUCAAGAGAAUCCUUAUCUGCUUUGGUGGUUCUUUUUUUACUUAUGCUUAAUGGAACAGUUUGUCGUGUGUUA